CAUCUACACCACUGGUUAAAUUCUGCAAGGCCGAAGAACAACCCAGAUGUUGUCAGAGGCGGAGUUAGUACCAUCAGUUUCGUCACGUCCAGUCCAUGGGAUGCAGAGAGAAACGCAGAAGGAUCUGCGCACAGUAUGUUCAAAACGCGCACACAGGAUUUCUAGGAAACUCUCCAUCCUUGGUUGCCAUGGCGACUCCACAAGGGAAGUGGGGGGCCCUGAAGGAGCGCCUGACCAACAGCCCCCAGGAUCCAGAUGCUCAACUCGAGGCCAACUUGGAGAACGCAGAUCCGGAGCUAUGCAUACGACUGCUACAGGUGCCCACCGUGGUCAACUACUCAGGGCUACGGAGGCGUCUGGAGGGGAGUAACCAGGACUGGAUGCUGCAGUUUUUGGAGCUCAAUGGGCUGGAUCUGCUGAUGACAGCCCUGGAGAGGCUGUCUGGCCGGGGGUGUGCCCGCAUCGCUGAUGCACUCCUCCAGCUCACCUGUGUGGCCUGUGUGAAGGCAGUAAUGAACUCCUCAGCUGGGCUGCAUUUUAUUCUGGACAAUAAGGGAUACAUCAGGACCCUGUCGCAAGCCCUGGACACGUCCAACACAAUGGUGAAGAUGCAGGUGUUUGAGCUUCUGGCAGCCCUCAGCAUGUUCAACCAACAGGGACACCACCUGGCCUUGGAUGCGCUGGAGUACUAUAAAAGUGUGAAGAUGCAACAGUAUCGCUUCAGUGUCAUCAUGAACGAGCUGUGUGCGACAGACAACGUGCCCUACAUGGUCAUCCUCAUGAGUGUGGUCAACGUGCUUAUCUUUGGGGUAGAGGACCUGAAGAAGAGAGACAGAAUACGCAAAGAGUUUAUUGGGCUACAGUUACUGGAUUUACUUCCAAAACUGAGAGAAACAGAGGAUGAGGACUUAAUCAUCCAAUGUGUGGCCUUUGAGGACACAAUGGUAGAGGAUGAGGAGGAGAUGGAGAAGAUAUACGGAGGUAUCAACAUGAGCAGUCAUCAGGAAGUCUUCACCACACUCUUCAACAAAGUGAGUAGCACACCUGCCUCGGUGCAGCUGAUGUCCAUUCUGCAGGCUCUGUUGUUGGUGGGGCCAGAGCGCAGCGAGGUGUGGCUGGCCCUAGAGGACCUGGCUGACCGAGCUACUUUGCUGGCACAGGACCCGGACGUUGACUCCACCGACCACCUGAUCGAGCGUCUGGUGUUCUCCAAGGGUCAGCAUGGGUCACCAAAGGUCAAGGUCAAGGUUGAGACCAGAGACAGGGCUGUUCAGAUAGACCUGGCAGAACAAUUGACUGAUCGAAAGUCUCCCGCCGCGGUUUUCUCUACACAUUCGCCCACCCCUUCAUCACCAUCUCUACCAAGCAUGGCAGAUUCCAACACACCCCUCCUGCUUCCUGAUCUCUCUGGGAUGCCGCCCCCUCAACCUCUCCCCUCAACUCCACCACCAUCAGAUACAUCUGGCAUGAUGUCCCCACCACCUGCACCACCCUUGCUCGGAAUGGGCCCCCCACCUCCUCCACCCUUGCCUGGUAUGGGCCCCCCUCCUCCUCCACCCUUGCCCGGUAUGGGCCCCCCUCCUCCUCCACCCUUGCCCGGCAUGGGCCCCCCACCUCCUCCACCCUUGCCAGGCAUGGGCCCCCCACCUCCUCCACCCUUGCCAGGCAUGGGCCCCCCACCUCCUCCACCCUUGCCAGGCAUGGGCCCCCCACCUCCUCCACCCUUGCCCGGUAUGGGCCCCCCACCUCCUCCACCCUUGCCAGGCAUGGGCCCCCCACCUCCUCCACCCUUGCCCGGUAUGGGCCCUCCACCUCCUCCACCCUUGCCCGGCAUGGGUCCCCUUCCGGGUGGUGACAUUAUUGUGGCCCAGAGCGUUCAGACACUGGGGUCCUCCUACUACACCCCUCCACCGAGAGCAGGUCGAUUCCCCACUCUACGCAUGAAGAAGCUCAACUGGCAGAAGCUGCCAUCCAGAGUGGUGACUGACAGUCAUUCCAUGUGGACUUCGGUACAGUCUGAUUCUCUUGAGCCUGAUUAUACCAGUAUUGAGGAGCUCUUCUGUCUGCCAGUGAAUGAUACAAAGGCCAAAGACAGCGCCCCUGCAGUCAGACAGGAGCCCAAAGAGAUUUCAUUCAUCGAUUCCAAAACAAAUCUUAACCUGAACAUAUUCCUAAAACAGUUUAGAUGCUCACAUGAGGACUUUGUGGCCAUGAUCCAAAAAGGGGACCGGUCCAGAUUUGAUGUGGAGGUGCUGAAACAGCUGCAGAGGUUAUUGCCAGGGACCAAUGAGAUUGAGAACCUAAAGUCCUACCAGGGAGACAGAGCGAAGCUAGCUGGUGUGGACCAAUUUUAUCUCCAACUCAUAGCUGUUCCCUGCUACGCACUGAGGAUCGAGUGCAUGUUGCUCUGUGAGGAGAUUGGCUCCGUGUUACAGACAAUGCAGCCUAAAGCUGAACUUCUGGAGGAGGCCUGUGAGAGUCUGAGAGUGAGCACUCGACUGCCAAGCUUUUGCCGACUCAUUCUGGAUGUUGGAAACUUCCUCAACUACGGGAGCCACACAGGAAAUGCAGAGGGCUUCAAGAUCAGCACCCUGCUCAAGCUCACUGAGACCAAGGCCAAUAAAAGUCGUGUCACACUGCUCCACCACAUUCUAGAGGAGGCAGAGAAGAACUAUGUCGACCUGUUGAACCUUUCAGGAGAUCUAGAAAUCUUUGAAAAGGCUGCCAAUGUGAAUCUGGAGUCUAUCCAGUCAGAGACAAACUUGCUCAUUAAGCGGUUAAAAGACUCAGAGACAAAGGUGUCUUCCUCCUCUGUGGAAGACAUCAAGGAGCAGUAUCUCACUACCAUACAGGGAAGCCUGGCUACAUGCAGGGAGCUGGAGGAGAGGUUUGCUUCCAUUGACAGGAAAAAGGUUGAUUUGGCCAAGUACCUUUGUGAGGAUUCAUCCCGUCUCUCCCUGGAGGAGCUAUUCAGCACUCUGAAGACAUUCAGGGGACUUUUCAUCACAGCUCUCAAGGACAAUCAGAAACGGCGAGAGCAAGCCAUCAAGGCUGAGAAGAGGAGGAAACAGCAGGAGGAGGAGGAUUUAAAGCGACCAAGGGGGGAGAAUGGGAAGAUAAUUCGUAAAGCACCCCCACCAGCCCAGGAGGGCUGUAUAAUCGACAACCUGCUGUCUGAUAUCAGGAAGGGUUAUGCCCUGAGGAAGACCAGGUCCAACUCCGAGCAGAACCACAGGACCAGCAGUCUGCCUGAUCAGUUCACCAAGCCUGAGGGACCAUCUGCUGUAGACACCAAGGUUGGAGUUGAAAAGGUGAUAUCACCCAAUGACCAAACACAGCAAGUCAGCGAUCCAGUCGUAGACGAGUCCUCACCUGGCCUCCCCACAGACCCCUCAAAGAUUAUGGCUUCCCCUGAAACCAUAGGCUCCUCCAACCUCCAUACCACCACCAAAGAACACAGCAAUGAACCGUACACCAAGCCCGAGGGAUCAUCUGGCAUAGACACCAAGGAUGGAGCUGAAGUUGAAAGGGUGGUAUCCACCUUGUUGAGUGACCAAACUCAACAAGUCAGCGAUCCAGUCUUAGAAGUGUACUCAUCUGGCCUCCCCGCAGACCCCUCAAAGAAAUUGGCUUCCCCCAAAACCAUCGGCUCCUCAAACCCCCAUUCUACCACCACGGAACAAGACUCCGGACUGCUGAAUCCGGGGUUGAGGAUGUUAAAUGCAAAUGCAUUUUCAGCUGAUGGGGAUGAUCCAAAGAGCGGAGACACAGGGACAGAUGGAAACGAGGAGAAAGAGGCUGAUGGAAAGGGUCUGGAGGAGGCUCCACCAGUAGAGGCCCUCUCAACCACAGCAGCUGGGGAUACGGAUUCCAAACAACAGACAUUGAGACCGAGGACUACAAAGACACAUGGCGAAGACAUGGGCAAAGGAAAAGGCCACGAUAAAUAUAAAAGGGAGUGUGUGUUACAAUAAGGUGGACUUUGGAAGGACAAGGCCAAAGACAAAGAAACAAUGAAUUGUCAGCACUUCAUAACUAACAUACAUUAACAAUAUACUGUACUUACAGUUAUCUACUAUAAUCAGCCAUGUUUGUCCUAGUGUUACAUAAAGUUUCCUUGUAAACACAACUAAUGUUUCUUUUUCUAAAUUGAGACCACCAACAGUUGUUUUUGUAUUAUUCACAACUAUAACUUAAACCAGGGUUUCCCAACCCUUUUUCACUCAGGGACUCCAACAAAAAAGAUUGUUUGGUAACCCCUGAAAUGUAUCAGUGAUAUAACAGAAAAUUACCAAACCUACAAAGUUUUGAUCGAUGAUGUUAAGAUUGGCCCUUUUCAAUUCCAUCAUGGAUAUUCAAUGUACUGGACUGUCAUUUAACAUUUCUAAUGUAAAAUGUAUUCAUUUAAUACUGAUACAAGUGUUUACAAUGGGUAUACAUUUCUUUUUACUUGCUGAUACAGACAUUUUAUUUCAUUUUAUUUGGCAAAUAUAAAAGUCCUCUUUUGUCUACAGCUAAGUGUUGGUGUGAUAUGCUGCUUUCAUGUAAAAUUUGGAACUAGGAAACUGUACUGUUACUUUUUACAACUUUCCAACUCGUUCUAAUUAAUCAUAUGCCUCAUUUUACAAAUUAGCUUGUUGCGAGCAGCAUGUGAAUGAAGAUUAAGAAUUAUCAUUGAUUCAUGAUCUAUUAAACAUUAAAUAUCAACAACAGAUAACUAUAUGAA